AUGUCAUCCAGUAUUAUCUACACCCUACCACCUAUCGCUACCAACGGUGAACCAGAGUCGUUGCGCGAUCAGGUUGAGCACGGCCUCCUGGGCACUAGCACCCCAACCGUUCCCGGUGACACGCCCGAGGACAGCCAGUGGGCUUACAAACGCUCGGUCCCUACUGUGGUGCUCUACGAUGAAGCUGGCCUUCGGCUGUACGACCGCAUCACCUCGAACGCUCCCGAGUACUACCUAUUCGAGGACGAGCUUAAUCUGAUCAAGACACAUGGCCACGAGAUUGCCCGUGCGAUGGGGUUCCCUGGCCCCAGUGGCGCCGCAGCUCUCCGCACUAACGAUUCGCCCAAGAACCAUGACGCGCCAUACUACCCCCCUGUCAAGCCUUGGAAGCCAGCGCGCUGGGGCGACGCCGAUGUGGGCAAGUGGAACGAGGGGGUGAACGGCGAGGAGGGCCUUGGUUCGGGGAGGCAGACGACGGGCUGGGACAUUGUCGAGCUAGGCGCUGGUGCCCUCCGCAAGACGGCUCAUCUUCUUUCUGCACUUGCAGACACAAUCCCUGGCAAAGCAUCCGACUCCAGCACCGCCCCGAUCACCUACCACGCGUUGGACCUCAGCAGGCCUGAGCUCGACCGUGUUCUCGGCCAGAUGGACGAGACUUAUGGUGACAACCUCGCUGGCCGCGUCGCAUGUGUUGGUCUGCAUGGAGACUAUACAGCAGGUCUCGAGCUGGUCCGUAACGGUGGCCUCUCGAAUCUCGAGGACGGCAUGUCCUCGAUGCCCUCUACGCCGACGAGUACCCAUCUCAGUGGCCUCGACUCCUUGUCCCUCGAGACCCCCGAUUCGCCCGACUCGACUCACCUUGCCACACCCGCCCUCACACUCGCCGAGCUUGCUGGUGACCAGACCCAAGUCGUUGAUGGCGACGUACCGGAGCUUGGCACCUCUCUGGGCGGAUCCAAGUGGAGUCCCAAGGUAACACCCAUCGUGCCAUCCAAGGCUGUCAGCGAGGACACCACGAUGCCCUCUCGCCCGCUUCAUUUCAUGUUCCUUGGCUCCUCGCUCGGCAACUUUGAGCGCGCCCAGGCCGCCCCGUUCCUUCGCUCGCUCCCACUCCGCCAGGGUGACACCAUUCUUCUUGGCCUCGAUGGUCGCCCAGCCCCUGGGCCCGAGGGCAAGCUCAAGGUUGAGGUGGCUUACAACGACCCGGCAGGCCACACGCGCGCGUUCGAAGAGCACGGCUGGGACGUCGCUCGCACUGAGCUUAGGCUCGCUCCCGAUGAUGGCGUCGAGUUUAUUGGCCGCUACAACGAAGUCCUUGGCCGCCACGAAAGCUACUUCCGUGCGAAACGGGCGCAGACGAUCCACCUGCCCAACAGUGGCACUGACGUCACGCUCGAGAAGGAUGAGCUCCUUAACAUUGAGUGGAGCUACAAGUACUCUGUCGGUGAGGCCCUCGAGAUGUUCGAUGAGGCCGAUCUCUCCGUCAUUGAUUCGUGGAAGGCGCCCAACUCCGAGUACCGCCUUUGGCUCCUCGAGCGCCCCGAUGUUCGCUUCAGCAAGGGUGCGCCCGAGGACACCACUGUCGCUACUCGCUGGCCGUCGGCUGUACCGACGUGGGACGAGUGGCAGGGCAUGUGGAAGCUCUGGGACCACAUUACCCUCGAGAUGAUCCCCACUGAGAUGCUUCACCAGAAGCCCAUCGACCUGCGCCAUAUUUGUCUGUUUUACCUCGGCCACAUCCCGACUUUCCUCGACAUCUUCCUCUCGCGCAUCACGGACGGCACCCACACCGAGCCGGUGUACUUCAAGGACAUUUUCGAGCGUGGUAUUGACCCGGACGUCGAUGACCCGAACAAGAUCCACGCCCACUCCGAGGUUCCCUCGUGCGAGGAGGACUGGCCCAUCCUCUCCCAGAUCCUGACCUUCCGCGACGCCGUGCGCGCCCGCGUCCGCCGCAUGUACGACGACAUCGACGCCGGCAAGCCCGUUGGCCGUCGCACUGCCCGUGGUCUGUUCAUGGCGUUCGAGCACGAGGCCAUGCAUGCCGAGACCCUGCUCUACAUGCUCAUCCAGUCGCCGCUGACAGUCGCCCCGACCGAGAUGCCUCAGUGGGACGUCUUGGCGAGCCACUGGGCGGACGCCUCCAAGCGUGCUGCCACACAGGGCAACGCCGGCAUCCUCAAGGUCCCGGUCACGACGGUAUUCCUCGGCCACGACGACCUCGAGGCAGAUGACAAGGGCAUUGUCGCAGACCACGAGUUUGGCUGGGACAACGAGCACGGCCGCCACGCUGUCAAGGUCGAGGCUUUCAACGCCGAAGCGCUCCCCGUCACCAACGCCGAAUACUAUGCCUUCCUCGCGACUACCAAUGCCCUCAAUGGGCUCACGGCCGCGGCUGCUCCUGCGUCCUGGGUCCUCGGUAAGGACGGCAAGUGGGCCGUGCGCAGCCUGUACGGUCCCGUCCCCUUCUCCGUUGCCGGCUCGUGGCCGCUCAUGGCCUCGCGUGACGAACUCGUUGCAUAUGCCACUUUCCGCGGCGGCCGUCUCCCGACCGAGCCCGAGCUCCGUGCGCUCUGGGUUCACCCGGCCGGUCCCCGCCCCGCCGGCCUCACCUCCAACACUGCCUUCAAGCACUGGCACCCCGUCCCGCCCAUGCCGACGCACACGGACAACGCCGGCAUCGUCGUCCACGGCCACAACGGCGGCGUGUGGGAGUGGACGUCGACCAAGUUUGCGCCCUUUGACGGCUUCAUCCCGUCCGAGCUGUACCCGGGCUACAGCGCCGACUUUUACGACGGAAAGCACUUUGUCGUCCUGGGUGGAUCGUACGCGACCGUCCCGCAGAUUGCGCGUCGCGAGUCGUUCCGUAACUGGUACCAGGGCAACUACCGUUUCGCCUGUACAAGAGUUUCAGAAGACUUCACCCUUCAUCCGUUAGAGCGGAAGGGUGCAAAGGAAGAAGGCAGUGGCGAGGAGGAAAGGAAAGGAAAGGAAAGCAAGCGGAGGCACGCAUUUGGCGCUAUCUUGUAG